AUGGUCGCCAACAACCGUCAGAACGUGACGUGGGUAGAGGGCGUUCGUGGAGUCGCGUCAUUCUUUGUUGUCGUCACACAUCUCUGCAGAGCAUGGGAUUACAGCCUUUGGUCACCACGCGAUAGCGAGGACGCCACACCACAACUACUACAACUACCCUUCUUUCGACUGCCAUGGCAAGGCCGCAUCGGAGUCACAAUGUUUGCCUUUCUCACCGGAUACGUGUGCGCGAUCAAACCACUCCGUCAGGCAAAGUCUGGAAACGUUCCAGCCGCCCUGACGACGCUUGGAAAAUCAGCCUUCCGCCGGCCCCCACGAUUGAUUAUGCCUGCCACCAUCGCUUUGGUUAUUGCAUGGGCUUUUGCACAGAUUGGCGCGUUUGACGUUGCCCGACGAAGCGAUUCUCACUGGUUCAGACGCUCCGUCCCGCAAAACAUCGGCACUCUGGAUACGGAAAUACCACGAUUGAUUAGGAACUUUCAGGGAGCGUGGUCUGGUGCCAACAACGAGUACGACGAUCAUCAGUGGGCGCUGCUUCCUUUGUUACAGGGCGCUUUUCUCAUCUACGUGCUCUUAUUUGCCACCGUGUUUAUGAAGUUCCGCAUGCGCCUUUUUACCUGCGUUGUCCUCUUUCUAUGGUACUGGAACCGCACUAGCCCGGAGAAAGAAACCUUUGAAUGCCAGUUCCUCUACGGCGUCAUCCUCUGCGACAUCGGAUCCGAGAAGGGAUUCCGAGACUUUGUAAACGCCUUCCCCAAGGUGCGAAGAGCCGUCCUCACCACCCUCAUCGUCGUGGGGUGGUACGUAGCGUGCUACCCCGGAGAGCACUGGGAGUGGUCAGCGUGGUCGGUGCAGCUCAAGAACAUCGGUGACUGGAUCAUCCCCAAGGAUGCAGCCAGCUACCCCAAGCGCUUCACAGCAAUCGGAUGGGAUCUGAUCGUUACGGGGAUUUGGCUGUCGCCCACGCUGCAGAACAUGUUCUCCAACAAGCUGUUCAUGUGGGUUGGCCGCAACAGUUUCGCCGUCUACCUCACGCACGGAACGGUGAUGAAAGUUGGACUUGCCCGGUUGAUCUACGGAUGGUCGACGGCCCCGUACCACGUGGAGCAAGGGGAAAACGGCAAGGGCGAGGCGAUUGAGCACUACAUUCCCCGGUCGACAAACUCGUUUGUGUGGGCCUUUGCGAUAACCAUGUUCUUCGUCGUCGAGUACACGAUUGCGCAUUUCUGGACGACAUACGUGGACUCGCAGUGCGCCAAAGCCACAAAGUGGCUCGAGGAUACGAUGUUCGAAAAGGAAGAGAGCGAGAAGCUCGGAGUAGCCAGCAUGGCUUAG